GACAACUGUACAGUGACAUUUACGUACGCCGAUUUUUCCAGUGUUUUUGUUUGUUUGUAUUUAGAAAGUAGUUAAUAUUCAGCAAAAUGAUUACAAACUUUGAUAAACUUUGUGCAGACUUGGAAAAACAAGAAUUAGAGGCUCCUACAGGUGUAGCAUCGCCCUCAACCUAUGCACAAUUGCUGGCCAUAUACUUGUACCAAAAUGAUUUGUGCAAUGCCAAGUUUCUCUGGAAGAGGAUACCACAAAACAUUACGAGUAGCAACCCAGAACUUGCAGCCAUAUGGGCCAUCGGACAGAAGCUUUGGAAGAAAGAUCUAGCUGGGACUUACCAUGCUAUAGUAGCUUAUAACUGGUCAGAACCUGAAGUAGCAAAUAUCAUUAAUGCUCUUGAGGAUAAAAUCCGCGAGAGGGCCUUCAACCUGAUUGGUCGUUCAUACAGCUCCAUAUCAAUUGACACUAUUGUGUCCAUGACUGGGCUCAACAAGGAAGCAGUGAUGCACGCCUGCCACGACCGCAAGUGGACGAUAAAGGAAGAUGGAGUCACCGUGAACCCCGUCCCUCCCACACAACCCGCCCCUCUCCACACCUCUAGCGAAGACCAGCUGUUCAAGCUCACCGACUUUGUGUCAUUCUUAGAAAAUUAAGUAAGUCAUUUAGUUUUAAACUUUUAUUAAGUCAUGCUGUAUAUCAUUUCGUAAUUUAAAAAAAUAAACUGUAACUGUGAUGUUUAAUUAAUUUAACAAAAGUAUAGUUGGUAAAAAAGUAAACAAUCUUUACAGUUUCCUUUUGUAAUUAUCAUAAGGGUUGUCGUAAAAAGUACAUUCUUAACUAAUGUUUAGUGGCAGUGUACAAUAAGUUCUUACUCUCUAUCAAUAAAGCUGUAAAUUAUCUAAAAUGGUA